UCAGUCACUUGCUCUACUUGGCAAAGUAGUUUUAAUGCGGGUUAUGAAACUUCUGUUUGUGUACUUGAUGGGUUUAUCAUGCUAGGUGAAAUAAUGGUAACAAUGCUUGUGUAAGAAAAAUGUUAGAAGUGGAUGGAAGAGAUAAAGGUUCCCUUACUUUAGAGUUAAUUCUGUCCUUUUCUUGUCUCCUUCUCCACCUGCCUGCCUGUCAGCUGUGCGGGCGGACCGCAUGCGUGGCGGUCGCAACAAGUUCGGCCCAAUGUACAAACGCGACCGGGCCCUCAAGCAGCAAAAGAAGGCGCUGAUCCGAGCCAACGGCCUGAAGAUCGAAGCCAUGAGCCAGGUGAUGCAGGCCGUACCCACUGACCUCACAAUCUCCUCCGCCAUCCAGAACAUCCACUCGGCAGCCUCCAAGGGCCUUCCACUGAGCCACCACGCCGGCCACCACGCCAGCCACCACCACCACCACCACCAUCACGCCACCGCCCUGCCCCCCACAGACUACGAUCGCAGCCCAUUUGUCACUUCGCCAGUCAGCAUGGCGAUGCCGCCGCACGCCGGCAGCCUGCAGGGCUACCAGGCGGCCUACGGACACUUCCAGGGCACACGCACCAUCAAGUCUGAGUAUCCAGACCCGUACACCAGCUCGCCAGAGUCCAUCAUGGGCUACGCCUAUGUCGACGCCUACCAGUCGGGCUCGCCACCCAGCUUCCCCCACCUGAUCGUAGAGCUGCUAAAGUGUGAGCCGGAUGAGCCGCAGGUUCAGGCCAAGAUCCUGGCGUAUCUACAGCAGGAGCAGGCCAGCCGAGGCAAACACGAGAAGCUCAACACCUUUGGUCUGAUGUGCAAGAUGGCCGACCAAACGCUGUUCUCCAUUGUGGAGUGGGCACGCAGCAGCAUCUUCUUCCGUGAACUCAAGGUGGAUGACCAGAUGAAGCUGCUGCAGAACUGCUGGAGUGAACUCCUCAUCCUCGACCACGUCUUCCGGCAGGUGGUGCAUGCCAAGGAGGGCUCCAUCCUAUUGGUCACUGGCCAGCAG